UUAAAAAGGCGUGGUUUUGUUAAUUCUACCACCAUACCAUCGCAUACCAUGGAGUUCACAGCUUUCCUUUUUGGUAAUAUUAACGAAGAAGGCGAGCUUGAGGACGAAGGACUGUUAGGACGGAAUGAAAUUGCCCAGUUGGGUAGGAUGGGUGUGGUAGAGAAUGUGGUUGAAGAUGUUCAAGAAGAUGAUAAAGAUGAUGAUGAUGAAAGCAGUUCUCCAGUUGCAGUUGCAUCAGUCUCAAAAGCAGAGGAUUAUGCUGACAUCAAUGAAUUAGCUGAGGAUGAGUCCGAGAAGGAGAGACUCUACAAUGUUGGAAUGAAGUAUCUUACUGAAAAAUCUCAAUCCCAAGAUGAUUACGACGAUUAUGAUGAUGAAGAAGAAGAUAGCAAAAUGGAUCAGUCUUCAAAAGAAAGUGGGAACGUUCCAUCUCAAACUUCAUCUGCUGAUCAGCCAAACAAGACCACACCUGGUGACCCUAUUCAAAUAAUAAUAGAAGAGGUACCACCAAGUACAUCAUCUCCUGCCACCAGCGUAUCCACAAUCCCUUCAACUACUGAACUACAUGCAGCUAGUUCUAGGCCUCCUCUCUCAACCCUCUCACCUAAUACUGCUUCCUCUUCAGCACCAAUGGCAGAGGAGCGUAUGGAUGUUGAUCCUCGGCCGGUUGAGGAGCAAGAAACAUUUCCAUUGUUACCAGAAGGAAUGACAAAGGAAGAACUACUGGAGAAAGUAACCAAGUUAUUUCCUACUUUUAAACCGAACACUAUCCUGAGGUUUUCAAGUCUGAUACCUCCUAACCCGGCGUCAGUACCUAAUCCAUGGAAAGACUGUAAGAAACCAGCCAAGAGGAAGAGAAGGGUUCAAGAGGAGAAGGAGGAGGAGGAGGGAGAAGAGAGAGAGUUUAAACUGAACUAUGGGCCAGUCCCUGAUCCUGAGAUGUGUGACGAUCAGGAGAAGAGGUUUCUGUGUCCCGUUGGCAGUGUGGAGGAGGGAGAGAGAGGAGAGGGCUUGGGAGGAGAGAGGAGAGCGGUUGAUAGUGAGACCAAGGAAUGGAGAUUUGGUCCUGCUAAGGUUUGGUAUGACAUGAUUAAUGUACCAGAAGAUGGUCAUGGACUGGACUACGGCUUUAAACUAAAGUCUUCAUCAGUUGAGCAAGAUGAAGGGUUACCUGGUUCAGAUAUUGAUGAUCCAUUGCCUGAUGAUGCUUUCCUCAUGGUCACCCAGCUACCUUGGGAGAAUGACAUACUCACUUAUAUACCACCCACUACUGGCCCUCAUAAAACUGCCCAAGGUGGUGUAUGGACUACUGCUAGUGAUAGUCGGCAGAUGGGAGGGACAUUUGGAGGCGUGGCUCCAGAACGGACUCUUGAUUUACCAGAGUCAAUGUUUCCAGUACAAAAUAAUGACCUCAUAUUCGGAAAAUGGGAAGAAGAUAUAAUAUUUGAUUCAAACGCAGUUAAGUCAAUACCCAAGCCAGUGUUGCCAAGGUUGGAUCCUAAUGAUCCUAACAUUAUCAUUGGAUUACCUCCUGAGCCUCCUCCUCCUCCCUCUCUUGACAAAGACAGCAAAGAUAACAAAAAAGAUAUGAAGAAGUCGUCCAAGUCCUGGAGCAAACAGACUAACAAUAAUAAAGGAGAAGGAUCUUCAAAGGCUUCUGGCCCUGGCUACCAAGGCAACAAGGACCCAUUCAACCUCUCCAAUGACGAGUAUUACAAUCCAGGCCACGCCUCCUCUUCAUCUCACGGUCUCCCAGGGAUAGAGAGCAAUAACAUGGUACAACACUCCACACCAGCUCUGGACCUGUACAUCCCUUGGCUACCAACCUACUGGUCUGCUAGUGCUCUCAGAUACUUCCAUAGACCCAGACUAAAGAUUAACAAGUUAACUAAUGGAGGGGACAGUACUGGUUGGCAGCCAUUGAGCAAUUUGAAGAAAAAUAUAGCAAAGAAAGAUAAAGAGCGUGAUAAAGAAAGAAUCCAGUCUGGAGGUGGUGAGGUAUUCUUCAUGAGGUCCCCAGAGGACCUCUCCUCGUGUGAUGGUCACCUCAUACUAGCGGAAUACUCAGAGGAGCACCCUCCACUGGUAAUGGCUACUGGAAUGGCAACUAAAAUUAAAAAUUAUUAUCGAAGACCAGAGAAAGUUAAAGGUGCAGUUCCUCCAGAGUUUGAAUACGGUGAAACAACCUAUUUACAAAACACUUCAUAUUUCCUUGGUAACCUCAAACCUGGUCAGGCUUUACAGAGUUUUGAGUGUAAUUUGUUUCGGGCGCCAGUAUAUCUUCACAAUGUAUCUGAAACUGAUUUUCUAAUUAUAAGAUCUGAUAAUAAGUAUUAUAUUCGUGAAUUGUUUGAUUUGUUUGUCGUUGGUCAAGAGUGUCCUAAAAUUGAAGUCCCAGCCCCUAAUUCAAAGACAGUUAACCAGUUCCAGAAGGAUUUCUUACAAGUCUACUUGUACAGGUUGUUUCAAGACAGUGAUGAUGAUCCUAAGAAGAUAAAGAUGGAGAUGGUCAGGAAAGCAUUCCCUUCCUCUGUCAUGUCUGAGAGUGUCAUUAGGAAAGUCCUUAAGCAGUUUGCUGACUUUAAAAGAGAAGGUUAUGAGAGUGGUUCCUGGGUAUUAAGAUCUGAUGUUAGACUACCAACUGAGGAAGAAAUAAGAGCAAUGGUGACACCUGAACAAGCUUGUGCUUUCUUUAGUAUGCUGGCUGCUGAGCAGAGACUAAAGGAUGCUGGUUAUGGUGGUAAGUCACUGUUUGCUGUAGAAGAAGAAGAGGAAGGAGAAGAAACAAAUCAAAAGAUUGAUGAUGAGGUACGAGCUGCUCCAUGGAACACAACUCAUCAUUUCAUUAAUGCAAUGAAAGGAAAAUAUCAACUAUCAGUGAGUGGACCUGCUGAUCCCACUGGCUGUGGGGAAGGAUUCUCUUACACUAGACUCAAUCCUAAGGAAGCAGGUCAUCCCAGCACUGUAUCUCCUAGCAAGAGGCCAAAGACUGUAAUGGGAACUGAAGCUGAUCUAAGGAAACUCAAACUAAGCAAAGCAAGGAAUGUACUGAGAAACUUUGGAGUACCAGAGGAAGAAAUUGCUAAGUUAUCAAGAUGGAAAGUGGUUGAUCUUGUUAGAAGUAUUUCAACUGAAGCAGCAAGAUCUGGAGGAGCUGUUGAUGUUAGUAGUUUGAUGUUUGCUCGAGGCAGUAGAUGCUCCCAGUCUGAGGCUCAAGAGAGGUACAAGGAAGAAUGCCAAAGAGUGUUUGACAUUCAAAAUAAGGUACUGUGUUCCAACGAGGUGUUGUCAACGGAUGAUGAGAGCAGUGAGAGUGAGGGAGAGAGUGAUGAUGAAUUGGGACGGAAUCUCGAGUCUCUCCUCUCGUCAAAGAAAACGGCACUGGACCUGACACACGAGCAGGAGGAGAUGGAGAGACAAGAACUGAGGAGAUUAUUACUGGAUGAAUCGAAUGUUGGGCCCUCUUCUAGUAAAGGAGCUACUGACAGUGGAGGAGGAGGAGGGGACCAUUCAGAAAGAGCCACUCCUUCUCUUGAUGUAGACGAUGCUUCAUCAGUCCUCAGCUUCUCAAGUGGGCGGAGACUCUUGAUAUCAAGAACCUUCAGAGAUGAGGGAGGGAGAGAAUACGUGAGACAUGAAGUAGUAAAGAAUCAAGGAGUCAUUGAUGCUUAUGUGAGGAUAAUGAGUGGAUCAAAGGAUAAAGAUAUCAGGAUGGAGUUUGCUGAGAAAGAUGAGAAAACUCGUGAAGACAUGAGGAAAGAAGUGAAAAGAUUACAGUCAGCUAUUAGGCAGCUAGAUAGAGCUGAAGAGAGAGCUAAACAAAAGCCUCAGAAACCAAAAAAGAAUAAAGAAUUCACCGCCAUGCAUUUAACAUGUAGUGCUUGUGGUCAGAAAGGUCACAUGAAAACUAAUAAAAACUGUCCAAAAUACAAGAAUCAACCUGUUCAGGUUGCUCCUACUGAUGACGAGUUAGCAGCUGCUACCAGUGAGGUACCGCUAGUUCAAGAUGAUCUCGUUAAAGUUGAAGGGACUAAAGUUGUACUUAAGAAAGAUUUACUUGAACAUGCUGAAGAUGUUAGGAGAAGAUCAUUAGUACUGAAAUUCCCUAAAGAAAAGAUUCGUAAAAGAAAGAAGCAAGGAGAUGAACAAUUAGAUUAUUUAGAGAAAAAAGCUAAAGCUGGAAAGAGAAGACGGACCAACCCAGAGGUGCCAUUUGCUGCUGCUUUAGAGAAGAUUGUUAAUAAACUGAGUGCUGUUCAAGAGUAUUGGCCUUUUUGCAAACCAGUUUCCUCAAAAGAUGUGCCUGACUAUUAUAAUUUGAUAAAGUUUCCAAUGGAUCUUCAAACCAUGAAAGAUACUGCCCAAAGGAUGUUGGAAAUGUCUAACAAAGAAAUAAAUCAAAACAGUCAAGCUCUUGAGAAACUAGAGUAUGAGAUUAAUCCACUGCUGGGAGAUGAUCUACAAGCUGCUCUGUCCUUCCUCUGUCGUAAAUCCAUUGAAAGAAUGAAAGUAGUACCUAAUUCUUGGCCAUUUCAUUUUCCAGUAUCUUCUAAGAAGUUACCAGAUUAUAGAAUGAUCAUAACUAAACCAAUGGACCUUCAGACUAUGAGAAAGAAAUGUGAGGCUGAUAGUUACAGAAGUCGUGAGGAGUUUCUUGUUGAUCUUAAUCAAAUAGUUGAUAACAGUAUCACAUAUAAUGGACCAACCAGUCCCUUUACUGUCACUGCCCAGAGUAUGAGGGAAGUGGGACUACAAUAUCUUGAAGAGGAAAGAGAACAUUUUGAACAAUAUGAAAGCCAGUUAGGACCUUUUGACAAGUCACCACUAAAUGAACCAGAAGGACUAGGAGGAGAGAGUGGAGAUGAGGAGGCAGAGGAAGAAGAUACUAGUACUAACAUGAAUAUUACUGGACAAUCCAGUGUCAUCAUUACUAGUGAAGACAGUAUUCAGAUUGGGACUAUAGAUGUUGAAGGCACAGAUGAAGAGGAUAUAGAGAAAGGGAGGAAAGGAGAAGGAUUGAUAGCCAGUAGUUUGUUACCAGUCACUGGUGGUGGUAUGGACAUAUUGAGUCAUGAUUUACAAUAUUCAUCAUCAUCAAGCAGUGAAGGAGAGGGGGAAGAGGAGGAUAUUACUGAUAUGGAAGAAGUGUAACUUUGUUUAUGUGUAGAUAUCAUACUCCAUUCAUUUUUAACUUAAUUCGCAAAAAAA